AUGUCCGCAACUAAGGUGGCCGUGAUUCUCGUCGGAAUUCUCUUGCUGUACUUCCUCAUAUGCAUCUGUUCGGAGAUCGCCAUCAAGGCCGGCUUCAGCGUCGAUGGUGAUGUCGACGUGGUAUGGUUCGAAAUGGGUGCUUCAGACUCCGGUGUCGGCGUGGCUCAAACAUUCGCCGAAUCUCCGUCGGACCCGGGAGGAGUCGUGACUCGUCACUCGUGGCUAUCGCGGUCAGCAAACGACCAACUUCGAGAUCAGUCGAACUCACGGUUCACUAUCAAGAUGAAGGUUUUGCGUGGCGCCCUCGAAGUCCCGGCGGUGGCAUGCGCUGUUACCCUCCUCGUGCUCCGGACGACCGCCAUCCUCAGCUCCUGCGUGACGCUGUGUUUUGCGGCGCGCGGCCAGGUGCAGAAUUAUGAAACAAAACCUUAG